CAACGUUUUAGGUUCUGUCGUUACGCAAAAAAUAUCGUAACAAAUAAUGAGAUGGUAGAAUUUGGUCAAAAUAACAUUAGUUACGUAAAGUGUUCGUAACUACUGGUAUUUAAUUUUUUAUUUUUGGAAAAGUUAAAUUAAAAAAAAAAAAAAAAAAAAAAGUAAAAUACUGGAUUGACGCUUUCAUUCCAGAAACGAUCAAAAUGGACAAAAACGCUAUAUCAUCCCACACUUAGACAAAUUAGGGCAUCUGGUUCAUUUCCCUCGUUCGCUUCUCACAGUCGCCGGCGAUCCGAUUUCCUGUAGCUGCCGACGACGACGCGCGAGGUGAAAUCGAUCCGUCCCUGGGAUCUACUCCGGCGCACCUCACCCAGAAAACUCGAUCGAGUUUCCUUCCUCUGAACCUGCAGGACGACGAGCAUUGUGAAAUCAACGGAAACGAGGGAUCUACUCCGGCAUCUAGAUGGAUAGGAGUUGGAUAGACGAUGCGAACCAUAUCUCCGCUCAAUAUUUGGACGGGGUCAGGGCUUUCUUAGAUUUCGCAUUUAAAGAUCGUAGCUCUGAAUCUUGCAUCUAUUGCCCCUGUACAUCUUGCGGAAAUCGCUUAACAAAAUCUCGUAGAGAUGUCUUGCUCCAUUGUAUUCGUUAUGGAUUCGACCAAACCUACAAGGUUUGGACUUGCCACGGAGAAGGAGAGGUGAACCCUGCUGUUGCAAACGACAAUAUGCCAAUGCGUUGGGAGGAGGAACUAGAACUUCUAUUGCGAGAGUGUGCAUAUACAGAGCACACCGAUCCGGGGCCCAGUGGAAAUGAACCUCAUAGGGAUGACGAAAAUGAACAUAUACAUCAUGGCAGUAAGGGGUAUAGAAAGAUGUUAGAAGAUGUAGAGAAAGAGCUCAUACCAGGGUGCAAGAAGAUGAGUAGACUCUCGUUUAUCGCACGGCUUUUGCACUUGAAGGUUUUGUGCCACUGGUCUAAUAAUUCUAUUGAUUUGCUGUUAGAGCUGUUACGGGAUGCACUUCCAGACGAUGUUGUCCUUCCGAAGAACUUCUAUGAGGCUAAUAAGCUGACCAAGGACUUGGGGUUCACAUGCAAGACUAUCCAUGCGUGCAUCAACAAUUGCAUGUUGUUUACCGGGGAAGAUGUUGACCGUGAGGUUUGUGUUGUGUGUGGGGAAAAGCGAUUUACACAGGGUAAAGAUAGAUCUCCAGUGAAGAAGUUAAGGUACUUUCCAUUAAUUCCGCGAUUGCAGCGAUGGUACGUAUCUUCCAAAACUGCAUCUUCUAUGAGAUGGCAUGCCGAAGGGCGUGUAGACGAUGGCAAGAUGCGUCAUCCAGCAGAUAGUCCUGCGUGGAAGAGUUUCGAUCAUCGGUACCCGACGUUCUCUGAGGAGAUUCGCAACGUACGCCUCGGUCUGGCCACUGACGGUUUCAACCCUUUUGGGAAUAUGAGUGUGAGUUAUAGUAUUUGGCCCGUCGUACUUGUGAUAUAUAACCUACCUCCGUGGCUGUGCAUGAAGCAACCAUCGUUCAUCCUCUCUACGAUUAUAGACGGCCCGCAUGGCCCGGGGGAUCGGAUUGAUGUCUUCCUUCAACCUUUGAUCGAUGAGCUUAAGGAGCUUUGGUAUGAUGGUGUUCGGACGUACGAUGCGAGUACUAAGGAGGAUUUCCAGAUGCGAGCUGCAUUGCUGUGGACUAUUAGUGAUUUUCCCGGUUACGGUAUGUUGUCAGGGUGGCCGACUCGUGGGGCGAAUGCAUGCCCUGUUUGUGGUUUAAAAACUCAUUCCAGAUACCUGAAAAAUGGACAUAAGUAUAGCUAUUGCGGGCAUCGACGGUUCCUGCCGGCUGGGCAUAGAAUGCGCUUUGAUAAACAUGCAUUUGACGGUUCGAUGAGCUUUGACGGAAAGCCUUCUCGCUUGACCGGCGCUGAACUUCUGCAGCAGCUUCAGGAUAUGCCUACUGAGUAUCGUACGGUUGACUUGAUUGAGAAACGCAUUGCACAGGGGUCUCGCAAGCGUCGCCGGGGGGUGAACGGGCAGCAACAGGUGUGGAAAAAAAAGAGCAUAUUCUUUCAGCUCCCUUAUUGGUCUAAGAAUGAGGUACGUCACAACCUCGACUUGAUGCACAUUGAAAAGAAUGUGUGUGAGAAUGUACUGUAUACAUUGUUGGGAACUAAGGGGAAAACAAAGGACAAUCUGAACACGAGGAAAGACUUACAGUUGAUGCAAAUACGUAGUUCUUUACACCCGGUAUCGGGUCCUAGGGGCGCUAUAUAUUUGCCGGCAGCUACGUACACCAUGAGUAACCCCGAAAAACGGAUAUUCCUAUCUGUGUUGAAGGACCUCCGACCACCUCAUGGGUUCAGUUCAAACUUAUCGCGUCGUGUGAAGGUAGAACAACAACUAAUAUGGGGACUUAAGAGCCACGAUUGCCAUGUUCUUAUGCAACGAAUUCUACCUAUUGCUGCCCGACGGUGUCUUCCCAAAAAUGUUGUGCUCGUGUUGAUUGAACUUUGUAACUUCUUCAAUUCGAUGUGCUCAGCUCAUAACACAGUUCGUGAACUGGAGCGAAUCCAAGAAAGAAUUUCUUUGACGCUAUGCCAUCUUGAAAAGCUAUUCCCACCUUCAUUCUUUGAUGUAAUGGAGCAUCUGCCUAUCCAUUUGGCUGAGGAGGCUAUGGUGGCCGGUCCGGUGCAGUACCGGUGGAUGUAUCCCAUUGAGCGGUACUUGGGUACUCUGAAGAGGUACGUACGGAACAGGGCACAACCUGAGGGUUCGAUUGCACGUGGAUACCUCAUGGAAGAAUGCGUGACUUUCUGCUCAAGAUAUCUCGGAGACAUAGAGACCAAAGAGAACCGGGCUGCUCGAGGGGAGGAGGACGAGACACAACACGGGAAAGGAUUGUUUGGUUCUAGGUUCAAUCUUGAUUACAAUACGAUGCACCAAAUUCAUUGCUACAUCCUAGGAAAUAUAGAUGAAAUCAGUCUGUUGCGAAGGAUUCACCUUGAUACUAUUAGGUCAUGUCGAACUCGCGCACCCCCACGUGAGGUGCACCAGCAGCACAACGAACAAUUUGCGUCUUGGUUUCAAUCAUAUGUAGAUGAUCCGACGAAUAAUGAUGAGUGCCCAAUCUCAGCGGAGAUCCGUGCAUUGGCGGGUGGACCAUUAUGCAAUGCAACACGGUACUCUUCGUGCAUUGUGUCAGGAAUACGCUAUCGUGUUCAAGACCGGGAUGCAAGGAAGAGGACACAGUGUGCAGGUGUUAUGGUUACGGCAGAUACAGUGAGUUAUGCCUCAGCUAGGGACCAUAACCCACGAGAAGGUUCCGUGGCAUAUUACGGGAUUCUUACGGACAUUGUGGAAGUGUACUAUAGCAAUCAACAGAAGUAUCUCCUUUUAAAAUGUGACUGGGUGGAUCUGGAGAGGGGCGUUAAAGAGGAUGAGUUCAAAUAUAAAUGUGUGAACUUUAAGUAUUUGAUGUACCCCAAGAACUUGCCCACGGAUGAGCCUUUCAUCUUAGCGACCCAAGCCUCUCAGGUGUGGUACAUUGCAGACCCGGUUGAUGAAGGUUGGAGCGUUGUCGUUCCGGUGUCACGGCGAGACACGUAUGACGUGUAUAGUACGAUCGAUCAUAGAUUCAGCACAGGGUUACCUUUAGAUGACGGAGGCAAUGUUAGAGGAGCAGCCGAUUACUGGCUAAGGGAAGGUAUUGAGGGGCAAGUAGUAGAAGAUGCAGGGCAGAUGGACCAUGCCGAUACUUCGCCUUCGGAUUCGGAGGAAUCCUCCGAAGAUGAUGGUGCUUAG